CUACUCUCUGCCUGUUUGCCUGUCCAUCUCUUUGGGACAUCUCUAGGUUUUCUUCAGCAACCUCGGUUCUGUCUCACCACAAGCGACCAUGAGCCAACCGUGUGUCAGCUCGGGAUCUUUGAGUGGAAAGCGGUGUGUCACAUCUGCUUCAACUAUCAGCCGUGGAUAUAGGGGGGCUAACAGUUUGUCUUCUAUCUGCUACACCGGAGCAGGCAGAUGUGGUGGCUAUAGCAACAUCAGCCACUACAACAUUGGCCGUAGCAGGAGACUUUCAGGAGGAAGUUCUGGUGGAAAUGGAGGAAGUUCUGGUGUAUACAGUGCAGGUUUCAGGGAUUUUACUAGCCUGGGCUAUAGUGCUGGGCCCUUUGGUUAUGGUGGUGGUGUUGCGAAGCCUGGGAACUUUAGUAGUUACAGCUUAGGGGCUUAUAGCCCAGGUGAAGGAUUCAGCAGCCACAGCCUUGAAGGCUAUGGCACUAACUACAGUAGUGGCUACAGAAGUAACAGCUUCAGCAGCCGAAGCCUUGGUGCUGGUCACAACAAAAGCUAUGGGACCACAGGUUUCAGUAGUCGAAGUCUUGGUGGUGGUGUCUUUGGCAGCAGAGGUCUUAUUGCUGGUGGUCUUUUUUGUAGUAGUUUGGGCUCUGAUGCCAUUAGCCGCCAUGGUGAUGGAAGGGGGAUCCAUGCAGUGAGAGUCAAUGCAAAGCUAUUGAGGCCUCUUUGUAUCAAAGUAGAUCCAGAGAUCUCUCGUGUGAAAGAGGAAGAACGAGAGCAAAUCAAAACCCUCAAUGACCAGUUUGCAUGCUUCAUUGAUAAGGUGAGACACUUAGAACAACAGAAUAAACUUCUGGAAACCAAAUGGAGCUGUCUGCAGCAACAGGAACCCAUGGACAAGCAAAAUGCUGAACAUCUGUAUCAGAACUAUGUUGCAACUCUGAAGAAGCAGCUGGACCUUUUGCUGGAUGAACGGGAGCAGCUGAAACUAGAACAAGUUAAAUUCCAAGAUGUGGUUGAAGAAUAUAAAUCCAGGUACGAAGGAGUAAUCAAUCGACGUCUGGGUGCAGAAAACGAAUUUGUGGUGUUAAAGAAGGAUGUGGAUUGUGCCUAUACUAGCAAGGUGGAACUGGAGGUGAAAGUGGAUUCCCUAAGACAGGAGCAAGACUUCCACAGAUGUGUCUAUGAUACAGAACUGGAAAGCUUAGCAACAGCGAGUGAUACCAAUGUUGUUGUAUCUAUGGACAACAGUCGCGACUUGGACAUGGAGGGCAUCAUUGAAUCAGUGAGGUGCCAGUAUGAAGAGAUUGCCCAGAGGAGCAAGGAUGAGGUCAAUGCCCUGUAUGAAACCAAGUAUAAAGAGCUACAGACCACCUGGGGCCAUCAUUGCAACAACCUGAGUAGCAGCCGCCAUGAAAUCCAGGAAUUGACCCGCCUGAUCCAGAGAUACAAGGCUGAUGUGGAAAAUGCCAAAAAACAGGUUGAGGGGCUGCAGGUUGCUGUUGCUGACCAUGAGCAGCAGGGUGAUUGCACCCUGAAGGAUGCCAAGGAAAAAUUGGCAGAGGUCGAAAAGGCCUUGCAGUCAACUAAGGAUGAAUUGGCUCGUUUGCUGAGAGACUACCAAGAACUGCUGAAUGUCAAGCUUGCCUUGGAUAUUGAGAUUGCAAUGUACAAGUCACUCCUGGAAGGAGAAGAGAGCAGGAUAUGCAAUUCUACACCUGUGAACAUAUCUGUGACAGGUUUCUCCAACAUCUCUAUAGCUGGUGGAGGUCAUGGUAGUGGUGCUGGAUUUGGAAGAAGGUACAUUAGCGGCCCUGGUGGGAGAAGAAGACAUGUCAGCAGUAAUGCAAGAUUCACCUCAAGAAGUGUACAUCCUACCCCCAAAACUGGAUUCAGCUCCAGGAGUGGAGGGAAUCUCCCCCGAUGCACAAUGAGCUCUGGCUUUGGCGAAUGCACUGCCAGCCCUGUGGUGCCAAGUGGGGAGCCGAGGGAUUUUGCCCCACUGAAAUUAGGAAGCACCGCAAGUGGAGCUUCUAGUUCUAGGAGCAGACGGUCUCGCAACAGGAGUGGGAGUUGCAGCUCUGGCAGGGUACGCAUGUCACCAAAUGGUGGGGUUUCUAGCAUAGGGAAUGUUACUGUAAGUAGCAGCUACACUACUCAUGGCACAACUACUAAUACAGGAGACGAAUACAGCUCUCGGUACUAGAGCAAUGUCUAAACGGCUUCUCCCCUUUGUUUUUUGGGGAAAAUUUCAGUAAAUUUCUUCAGGGCUAAAAGAAAUUUUCCAGUUUUAUAUAUUUCCCUAUCCCCCUUCCCCUCUUUUGUUGCUAGUGAAGAGCUAACAGGAAAAAAAAGAAAAGAAACAAUAUUGUUGCUCUCCACUGUGCUCAUUCCAUGGCAUUCUGUUGGGUCAAGGGUGGGGGGGGGGGGCAUGGCAGCUUAUCAUACAAAGUAUGACUCCAAAUGGUUGGAGGGGAAUCUGCAAUUUUCUCCUCUUUUUCUAGAAAGGGAUGGGCAUGAGUAGAGGGCCUAUCAGUCCCUCUCCCGGAUUUUAACUAUUUCCCAGAUUUAUAUCAUCACCACCUACCCUUAUUUCCAAAUUGCUGAUCCCCCCUCCGAAUACAUUAUAAGCUUAAAAUGCCCCCCCCCCCCCAGUAUCCAGGGACUCGGUACUCCUUUAUGGGAAUCUUUUUCAUGCAAAUAGGGAUGUCUAGGAGAAACAACAAAGCAUACAAUUCCCACCCUUAUUCUAGGAGUGUGAGGGGAAAAUAUACAAAAAUGUCAAGGUGAAAAGGGUACCUGAGAAAAUUUUGAUCAUUAACUCUUGUAAGUCAGUCUGAGUCCUAUGGUGCCUACGUACCUACCCCACCUUGGGACUUAGUAUGUCUUACAAGAUGUACACAAUAGUUUACUUUAGAGUACAGGUGGCACUGUUCUACCAUUACAAAAGUUCAGGGUUUGCUGAUUUGGGAAGGUAUGUAUUUCAUCUACUUGCUUCCAGAAACAAGGCAAUUUAUGCCUCAAGCUGAUUAGUGCAAAAAGUUAGCAAUAAAGUCAUUCUCCAUUCAGGGGUUUCCUCAAUCAUAUAACUCCAGUUCUAUAAUAAGGCUAGUACAUGAUGUACUCCCUGCCUGAAUUUUGUUGAUAGUACCACAGUUGCUGGUUUCAUUGCCAGUCCUACUCCUAAUGUGUGCCAGCAAAGGAGAGGACAACCAACACAUUUAUUUCAACCAGCAGUAGCUAGUAGCUUCCAUAUCUGUGUGACAGUGAAUCUAUUUUGGAUUUUAGUCAGAACUUUUCUAAGUUAUCUAAGGUGCUGGACAGCAUUCACUAUCUUGGAUGGCUCAACUGAAGUUUAGACUAAACCCAGAGCAAAUUCACUGUCCGACUGGAUGGAUGUCAUAAGCCUGGUUCCAUAUUCUCUCAUGCCACAAGUCUGGAACACUCCAAGUAGGCUUAAGGCAUUGGAGAGUUUUCAUUUCUUAAACAUUCUUUUUUAAACAAGGAGCCCCCGGUGCUGCAGUGGGUUAAACCCCUGUGCCGGCAGGACUAAAGACCGAUAGGUCGCAGGUUCGAAUCCGGGGAGAGGCGGAUGAGCUCCCUCUAUCAGCUCCAGCUCCUCAUGCGGGGACAUGAAAGAAGCCUCCCACAAGGAUGAUUUAAAAAAUCAAUUUAUCCAGGCAUCCCCUGGGCAACGUCCUUGCAGACGGCCAAUUCUCUAACACCAGAAGCGACUUGCAGUUUCUCAAGUCGCUCCUGACACGGCAUUUUUUUUUAAAACAGACAUGCACGCACACACAUACACAUACAUUAUUAUGGUCCAGAAUACUUGAUGGAUAGACAUCAAAACAGAUAUGUGAGUUGACCUCCAAGUUCUGAAUGUUACCAUCAAGAUAUGAGAGCUGCCAAGAAUGGCAUAAUCAUACAGCUGGAUGAUGGUGUGGGAAAAUUUCCCAAGGAAAUGCCAUUUUGGACAACAUCGCCAUUUGAUAAUAUAUACAUGUAUUAUUCCUUUGCCUAUCUACUGCUUAUCAAACAUGUCUCUCUUUCUACUCCAUAUUACAAUGAGACAAUAGCUGGAAACAGGUUGAGAAGUUAUGGAUGUGUAAUUAAGAGCUACAUACUCAUAACUCUUGUAUUCAUGAUCCCUACAUAGUGCUUAGGCUAGGGGAUUCAUUGGGACAGCAUGUGUAAUCUGGCAUGAAAGGCUAUUACAACAGGGUUUCUGCCUCUGCCUGUCUCACUAGAGAUAGGAAGAGGCAUGACUAUCAGCUCCUUCCUGAAUGAUAGGGGAAGAGACCUUCAUUGCCCAGUAACAGAAGUGAAGAUCAGGGGGAUUGGGAUUCAUUAUGUAGCACCAUAACAGAAAGCUGUUUUUUUUCUGUUGCUAAAUUAACCAGUUAGCAAGGCUAAGAGAAGAACCCACAUCUGUGUUUUUUGAACUUGUGGGAAUAUUGAUAGAAGUGUGGUAGUUUUGUAGUAGACAUUCGGAAAAUAAAACUAUAAAAAUC